AUGUCCGUUCUCACUUCCGUCGACACAUGUAGUGCGCCCAGCCAAGCAGCGUCUUCGAGACACACAUAUAGGGUUCUUCUGUACGGUCAAGGCAUGGAUCCGCAAACGUGUCUCAAUCCAAUUUCAGACUCGCAAAAAGAAGUACUAGAAGAUGGUUAUUUGGAUGCAUGGGGAGAAAUCACUCUGGUGGUGGCACAGGAGGAAGAGAAAGAGGACGCAGAGAGCGAGGAUCUAUGA